CAUUUUAGCUUAAGACUAAAAAUUGUUUGCUUGUUUUUCUCAUGGUGUUAGUCUGAGGACCAAAACCAUUAAACCAAUUCGUAUCUCUGGCUUGAAAGCAGCGGUGGCGCAUGUUAAUAGAGUGGAAACCUAUGUAUUUAACAAAUAUCGUGUAGUCGACCAAAAGCGAUUAAACCUAGCUAAACCUGGUUUCUACCUUCAAAGAAGCGUUGCUAUUACACCCUGAGAAGCUAACUUAGCAUUAGCUGCCUACUGAACUUUGAUAGCCUCGGACUCGUCAGGACAGAUAAAAGUUCAUCAGUUGAAACAUUGGAAGACAGAAGGACUUGGAGGGAUUCUUGCAUCCCUUGUCACUAUUGGCCCCUGAGAUGAUGUCACAACAACCACAACUUCCCAGUGCUCUUAUACCUCCCCAGCUUGCUCAGAACUCCAAUGCUCAGCAGGUCCGGCCUCACAUUCAUGCUAAUCAGCUGGACUCGAGUCAGAGCAGUGCAAACUCUGGGCUUCUUGAACAGAGACCUCUGACGGGCAGGCCAGGCUGUCCUGGUGCUACAGCCGCUAGUGGGGAGGUGGUCAACAGGAAUGUUUCUCUUUCCUCCACCAACUCUAGCUUGACCAAAACAGAUGGAUACUUUGAACCAUGGCCUGAGGAAGCAGUGGAUAACUCCCAUGGGCUGUACUCACUGCACCGUAUGUUUGACAUAGUCGGAGCCCAGUUAACACAUAGGGAUGUAAGGGUACUGUCAUUCCUGUUUGUUGAUGUGAUUGAUGAGUAUGAGCGUGGUGGCAUCAGGAGUGGAAGAGAUUUUCUGUUGGCCUUGGAGCGCCAAGGUCGCUGUGAUGAGACCAACUUCAGACAUGUGCUGCAACUUCUAAGGAUUAUCACCCGCCAUGACCUUUUGCCUUACGUCACACUCCGGAAACGGCAGGCAGUGUGCCCAGAUCCUGUUGACAAGUACCUGGAAGAGACAUCGGUGCGCUACAUUUCACCAAGAGGAAGACUACAGAACAAGGACGCUGCACCUCACAGAAGAACAGGUCCGCAGCCAGUCAUUUGUUGUUCCCCAUCAGCACCACAUGUGAGUCCUGCACAAACAAAGCCAGCUCCUCCUGUACCAAACCGCAAACGGAAGAGAAGUAAUUCCUCAGCUGACUGCAGGGAGAAGCAAACAUGCGAUAUACGCCUCCGGGUUCGUGCUGAAUAUUGCCAGCAUGAAUCUGCGCUUCAGGGCAACGUCUUCUCCAACAAGCAAGAGGCCGUGGAGCGGCAAUUUGAACGCUUCAACCAGGCCAACACAAUCCUAAAAUCGCGAGACUUGGGCUCCAUCAUCUGUGACAUCAAGUUUUCCGAGCUCACCUACUUGGAUGCCUUCUGGAGGGACUACAUCAAUGGAUCGUUGCUAGAGGCCCUUAAAGGGGUCUUUAUCACAGAUUCCCUAAAACAGGCUGUAGGCCAUGAGGCUAUAAAACUGUUAGUUAAUGUUGACGAGGAGGACUACCAAGCUGGUCGACGCAAACUGCUCCGUAAUUUGGUCACAAGUGGAGGAAGCUCACCAGUGGGUAACAAAGACUCUGUAUCUUAGAUGCAUCCUCCAGGUGGUAGGGGAUAGAGUGAGAUGUGGUUGUUUGAGGUGCCUGAAAGGAACUGAAGAACUUCCAGUCACCCCAUUAAUUAUUUGAGAACUACGGUCAUAUGUUAUCCACUUGGCAUCCCUUAGCAUAGCAUGCAAAGAGAUCUGGAACUCUGCUGGUGAAAGCAAAGAGGCGAUGCCUACAGGUUGGCGUUAUUUGAAUGCAGAGCUGUUCAUUUUCUUCAAGGAGGGGAGUUUUGAUCAAACAAGUGCAUUGAAUUUAACAAUUUCUUGUUUGUGGUAUGUUAGCUCAUUUAAAACUUUUAACUCUAAUGAUACUAUACAAUCCUGUUUUAAGGUGAAGUUCUUUUGAAUGCAGGAAACACACUUAAUGUUCACAAGUUACUCCCAGUGGGAGGUGUACUUAUUUUCAGACUAGUUUCAUUUUCCCCAGGUUUUUCUAGGAAGAUUACAAAUUGUUUGGCUUAUCCGGUAAGGGAAUGUUCUGUGAACAAAGAUGAAGCUGUUCUUUCCCUGUCACCGUCACUGUGCCUGGCUUUCUUUAACAUAUUCUAAUGUCUUAUUGCCAAUGGCUGUGAUUCUACUAUAAUUUGAAAAUUCAUUGUAAAGUCACUGCCAGUAUAAAAAAAACCAGUGUAAGAGAAGAAUUCUAAUGUGUUCACUUGUUUCCAGUGAAAAACUGGCUUUCAUGGUGUUCUACAUAUGUUUGGAUUUGAAAGCGUGUCAGCUCCUUUGUCACCUUGUACUUACUUGUCAUGUUGCUUUUGAUACAGGACUGAUCUUUAAUAAAUUUGUAAUGACACUAAACAUCAAAACAGCAGGGAAAUUCACGCCAGUAUGUGCAGUCAUGUCAGUAGGUGCAGGCAGUGGGAUGUCAGACCAGAUCAAAGUAAUUCAGUUAUUGUCUUUGAUUGGUUAAAAAUAUUUCAUCCAGCUUUAGUUUUAGAACUGGCAUAAAGAACAGUCUUCUCUAUGGAUACAACACGACCAUUAAUCCCAUGUCCUCUAACAGCAGUACAGGCAGGUACUGAAGUAACAUCUCAUCUCAUCCUUUAAAAGGGUAGUUGUGGCAUGUAUGGUAACCUGAUGAAUCAAAAGCAAAUGCAUUUUUCAAGACAUAAAAAUAGCACUGUAGAAGCCAACAUAAUAUAAUAGCAAGAUAUAUAGUAUGUUGAUCCUCCACAAUAUAAGUUGCACAACUAUAUGCUUCUAGUGGUAGGAUGCUUUCACAGUGUAGGAUGAAACUAAUUUAUGACAAAUUUCUUUUGUAUCUAUUGGAUGAUAGAUUAACAGGACAAAAUAGGUUUGAUGGGUGUCUACGAAAAGCAUAUGCAUUACUGACCCCCCACCCCCACCCGUAACCCAGUAGUCACAUUAUUAUAACCACUUGUGAAAAUUGUGGUGCACUUAGAGGAUGUUCAUUCUUUUUUUUUUUUUUUUAAAUAAAUCACAGUUUUAACAGAAAAGUUUUGUUUCAUUUUGGUUUCAUGAAACGUGGCUUCUUUCUUAGUCCAGUUUCCCCUGAUACUUUGAUACAGACUAGGCUGCCUAGGCUAUGUCCUCUCAUGCUGCCCAGAACUUCAUGAUAAGCAAAAACAUAUCCAGAGCUGUGUUCACUGACAAGAUCCUUUUUGCUUUCUAUUGAGGAAGAUUGUGGUUUAAUAAAAGCCAAAUAACAGGUCUGAGAAUGUAUCGACGUCGGACAUAAACGUGCCCUUUCAUCAUGCCAUCCUACACUUUCCAGUAGUUCCAAAGUAGGCUCGAUUUCUUGCAAUGACACUUCCUGUUAAUGCUGAUGUUCACCAUCCAAUCUUCAUAUGCAGAAUCAUCUUUUGGAUGCAAUUCAUUCGGAUACAUGACUAAUUGACAAUGAUGUUGAGGCAAUGCAAACUCAAAGUUUGAAGAUGUUUAAUGACAGUAAUGUAUAUCAAGAAUGAAGUAGUGCUCAGUAGAAGAAAAUGUGUACUGUGUAGUCAGCAAAGUAUGAUUUUAAUGCAGUUGUUCACUUUCCAUCAUAUUUUCUCUUACUACAUUACAAAUAUGCGUCAUAUUGUAAUGAACUUAUACUUUUGUUUUUAAAAUGUUAUUGAAAUCUUGUCUAGCUUCUCAUCAGUUAGUUAAAUGGUGAGCUGAAACUCAGCGUUUGGUUUUAUGUAACCUUAAAAAAAAAAUUCAGUGUGUUUUUAUUAUGAUUUUCAUUCUAGAAAAAAAGAAUAAAAGCCCCAUAUUGUGUCUGCCAUAAUGCCAUCUUUUGGGACAUAGAACAUGCAAGCCAAGUUUGACAGGCCACUGUGAAUGAUAUAGAAAAUGCAUACAUUUUAUAUUUUUAUCCAGUGGAAUUUCAUGUGAAGGUUAAAAGUAUCUAUUAAACAGGUUGGUGUAUGUUGAUUGUAUAUUA